AUGUUUUGCACGCUCAAAUACAACGAGACCGACGAUCGCUCCUCACUGGAGAGAACAUCUCCGCCAUUUCUGAAGCCAAAACGAAACCUGGGAAAGGUGGCAUGCAGAAAUUGUAGAUCGAGCAAGCUCAAAUGCACGGGCGAGCCUGAAGGGUGUCGACGCUGCGAGGCUCGCAAGAUCCCCUGCAGUUAUUCAGGGACAGCACAAUCUCGCGGCAGAGAUACCAGAAGUAUCCCUGACAAAAAUAAGGGCUUGCUGGCUGAAGGGGAGCGACAUGCGCUGGAUGUGUCUAUGGACAAUCUUCAGAAGCAGACAUACGAUCACCAGUACCCGACUGUUACCCUUGCUGAGCUAGAGUCCUUGUGUUCACUAGACUCAUGGGACACAUCGGACUCAUUUGAAGCGACUCAGGGAAGCACAGUCGGGCUUGACGGCGUGCCAAUCCUACAGAACACAAUGUCAGGGGAACCGCUGCUUUACAUGGACAGCCCAAAUCCCUUCUUUGCGACAGAAUGGUCAAUGGUUGGGUCCUCGUCACCAUCGGUAUCCCCAUACUCUUUUGACCACAAUUUCACGGUCCCAGUCGGAAAGGACACACCCCAGCCCGCGGUCUUUGUUGCCGGCGCAAAGCAUGACCACUCCUGCUUCACACCGGCAGUCCAAAUAUAUGAGAUGAUUGAGGUCAAUCUCGUCUGGGGCCCAAAGCGCGGUCAUAGAGAUGCGACCGGUGAUAUCCUCGAGCACCUCAAGCUAGCUUUAGUCGCUUGCGAGUCCUUACUAGAGUGCAAGCAAUGCACCAUGCGACACGAAUACGUCAUGCUCUUGAUUUCCAUGUGUCGAAAAAUAGCUGGGACAUUGGAGUCUGUCUAUCAUCGACCCCACCUUGCAUCCACUCCACAGAGGGACUCAAACUACCCACGACAGGGUCCGUCAUCGGCUGACAGAAUACCACUGCUCAGGCCGUCGUGGACCUCAGGGUCAGCGGGCUCGGACACCGGGCUCAUGGAGACCAGUGGCAGCGAUGGCAGCAAUACAAGUAGUCCGUGGGAUCAGUCACCUCAAGCUCACGGGCUCAAGGGCUGGUGUCUGGACGCCGAUGACCAACAUGUCAUGCUCCGAAGCCUCCUCCGAGCCCGGGCAGCAAGGUUGGAUGCAUUUGUAACUAGAUUGGACAAAGUGGUCCCCGAAGAAGGCUGGCCAGCACAUAGGGGAGGGACUCGGGAGUUGCAGGAACGCGUGAAGCGUAUUCUGUCUCUGUAG